AUGGCCUCUCUGAGCUGGAGGAUUCGGGCUAUAAAGGAGCAGAUAGGGGAGAGGACUGACGGCUGCUGCACGGGGAAAGACGCAGGGGCCAAAACCGCAUCACCCGGAGCCAUCAGCCUCUCGUCAGUAUUUGCGGUGGAGCAGGUGGCACGCUGCUGUCGCUGUAAUGGGUGUAACAGUAAACAGUGGUACAGAUGCAGAGCGGAGUCUGUCCCGUUUAUGAGCUGCUUAAAAUGGUCGAACAGCGGCCUGGAAGAGGGAGGGGGAUAG